CGCUCAGUUCAUUUUCUCUUCAUCCCCCUCUCGCUUGAGCUUAACCAUUUUUGCCAUCAUCAAUUCCAAUUAUGCAGCUGCUAGCCGCGCGCGCGUUCGUACGGAGCUCGCCGAGCCUCCGGCCGAAUUAGGCUACGCGCCGCGCGAUACAACAACGCCCCGUGCGCGCGCCAGCGAAGCCGUCGCUGGUUCUCUCGCCGGCCGUGGACUUCGCAACAAGACGACGAGUACUCCGCUCUAAAUAACCUAGCCGCUCCUUUGAUCUCCUUCAUCAUUUGCAUCGAUCCAUCUCCCCUAUAAAUUUAGUACGGAUUCGUUAGGGUUUGAGCCCCUCCUAUUCUGGUUUCCCUCCAAAAGCUAGCUGCACACGUGAGCUUGCUCGCUUGCUUGGAUAUAGCCGUCAUGUGUGAAGGGCUCAUUGACCGGCCUUUGCUGUCGUGUGGGCGGUGCGAUGCCAAGCACGGCGACAGCGUGGGCGUGCUUCCGAACGACGUUGCAGUCGUCCUUAUGCCCAGGACGGCGCCGGUCUUGUCCGACAGGCCAUCGUCGUUGACCAAGGACGCGGCGAAGGAGGCCGUGUCGAUCCUGGGGCUGUCAUUGCCGAUGAUCAUGACGGGGCUCAUCCUCUACGUCCGUCCGAUGAUCUCCAUGCUGUUCCUCGGCCGGCUCGGCGAGCUGGCCCUCGCCGGCGGGUCCCUCGCCAUGGGUUUUGCCAACAUCACGGGGUACUCUGUCCUGUCUGGCCUUGCAUCGGGUAUGGAGCCCGUGUGCGGCCAGGCUGUCGGCGCCAAGAACCUGCCCCUCGUCGGCGCCACCAUGCAGCGCAUGGUGCUCUUCCUCCUCGCCGUCUCCGUCCCCGUCGCCUUCCUCUGGACGCAGAUGGAGCCGCUCCUCCUGCUGUGCGGCCAGGAGGCCGCCGUCUCCGCCACGGCGCAGCGCUACAUUCUCUUCUGCGUCCCGGACCUCCUGUUUCAGUCCAUCCUCCACCCGCUCCGCAUCUACCUCCGCACGCAGUCCAUCAACCUCCCUAUCACCACAUGUGCCAUGGUCGCCGUCGCCGUCCACCUCCCCAUCAACUACUUUCUUGUGUCGGUCCUUGGGCUCGGCAUCGAAGGUGUAGCGCUCGCCUCCGCCUGGACCAACCUCAACCUCGUGCUCUUCCUCCUCGCAUACGUCUACGUCUCCGGUGUGCACCGUGACACCGGCGGCUUCUCGCUGUCUUACACGCUCUUCAAGGACGACGUUGCCGGGUGGGUGCGGUUGGGCCGGCUCGCCGUCGAGAGCUGCAUCAGCGUGUGCCUAGAGUGGUGGUGGUACGAGAUCAUGAUCCUUCUCUGCGGACUCCUGGCAAACCCGGAGGCCACCGUCGCGUCCAUGGGGGUGCUCAUCCAGACCACGUCACUGCUCUACAUCUUCCCGUCGUCUCUCAGCUUCGGCGUGUCGACGCGGGUCAGCAACGAGCUCGGCGCGAACCGUCCGGCCGCCGCGCGCGCCGCGGCUACCGCGGGGAUCUCUCUGAGCAUGCUUCAGGGCGUCGUCUCAUGCCUUUUCGCCGUGGCCGUGCGCAGUAUGUGGGCGCGCAUGUUCACGUCGGACGCGGCCAUCCUCGCGCUCACGGCCUCUGUACUGCCCAUCCUCGGGCUUUGCGAGCUCGGAAACUGCCCGCAGACCACCGGCUGCGGUGUGCUCCGCGGUAGCGCGCGGCCCAAGGACGGCGCGCGCGUCAACCUCGGCGCGUUCUACGGCGUCGGGAUGCCCGUGGCCCUCGGGCUCGCGUUCUGGGCCGGCAUGGACUUCAGAGGCCUCUGGCUCGGUCUCCUCGCUGCGCAGGCGACGUGCGUCGCGAUUAUGCUCGUGGUGAUCGGGCGCACGGACUGGGAGAGGCAGGCCGAGCUCGCGCAAGUUCUCGCCGGGGUGGUCGAGGACGACGACGUCGAGAGUGGCCGUGGCGGCGCUUAUGUGAACGUAGACGAUGGAAAAGUCGACGCGGGCGAGCGCGUCAAGGUUGCGGCGCCCCACGGCGACGAGGACUCCAGCUUGCUCAGCACUGUGGGAGGCGUACGGCUGACCGGACCGACGCUUUUGACAACGGGAGGCCGUCGGCCUACGGAUCAAGUAGCUGGCCACAGUAGAACGUGCCAGACACAAAAUUUUCCUGCUGAACUCUUUCUUUUUGUUGCGUAGAGUCUGAAUUUUUUGAGGGGUGUUCAU